AUGAAGAAGGGCUCAGUGUCUUGGUCCCCUAAGCCCAAGUCUACCAAGAGAGGGGAUGAUUCUUUUGAAACUUGUUCUGACGUCAUUCCCUAUAAGCGUGGCCUUCCUCCCAUUGGUAACAUAGUUCUUGAAGGUUCUCCUCCUCCUUCUGCUUAUACCCAUUCCAACAGGCAUCCUACUACAAGCAAGCCUAAGCCUUCUACUCCACGGCCAUCCAUGGAUGCUCCUCCUUCUAGCAGGACCCGCGGCAGCAAUAGAAAGACAUAUCCACCACCUCCAUCUGCCACUACUAAGAGGAUAUCUAAGCAUAAAGAGGAUACUUUUGCCACCCACCCCAUCUUACUUGCUAACCUCAAACCCCUUUCUGUUUAUCACCCCACGAGUGAGGAGGUCUCUGCUUCUAUGGGCACACCUAUGGAGGGUUUCUUUGAUGGGGCAAACAUAAUGGCUACGGCCAUGGCCUCUGCUUCUGCUGCUGCACAGGGAGCUCUUGUUGAGGCCCCGAUUCCUUCACCCAGACCUGGCCCUGUUAAGGAGAAUGCCCAGACCAAGAGGGUUAGUGAGUCUAUUCCCACUUCUGCCAAGAUUCUUAGUCCUCAGAAAGAAGUCACUCCUACAGGUGCAUAA